CGUAACGUGUGCACGAGAGGGCAAGCAGCGCAAUAAGUUUUAAAUCCAUGACAACACAGAGGUGACCGAACUGCUGAAUUGACGCACGAAACGUGACAGCUUCCAAAAUCCUCCAAUUAAGAUAAUGAGUAUUGAAAUUUAGCUAAUUCAAAUUCUGCUUCAGUUUCCUGUAAGCGCUCGUCAGCUCGACCGGGGCGACGUCCAGCAACGGUAUAUGCCAAAAACACUGGGUCAAAACAACAUCUUGGCAGCUGGGGCACAAGCGCGCGCGCGCACACACAGAGAGAGAGAGAGAGAGAGAGAGAGACUUCAGGAUGUACCGUCAGUUGUGGAUCAGUCAUACUGAUGCAUAAGGGAGAACACACAGACAAAAUGGACAACGCUCGGUUUCUACCCACAGUUCUACUAAUAUUCACGUUACCCGGAGGAUGGUUUAAACCUCUUAUUGUCCCCGAUGCCCCUCAUCUGGUGGUACUCAAAGGCGAACAAUUGCAACUCCAUUGUCAUGACGAUGCAGAGGUAAACACGGGUGGGGUGCGGUGGAUGAGAGAUAAAGGUCGGAGAAUUGAAGGAGAACGAGAGAUAGAUGGAGCCAGUGUGAUCUCCAUCACCUCCACACAGAUGCAGCAUAUGGGGCGCUACACCUGCGAGAACACAAAUACGAGCGCGAAAAGUUCCAUCUACAUCUAUGUGAAAGAUUUGGAGAAUGCAUUUGUACGCUCCAUGUUGAAUGGUCUUCUGGCCAAGGAAGGAGAGGACUGCACUUUCCCUUGUUUGGUAACGGAUCCAGCUGUUAGUCAACUGUCUCUGCAGACCUGCUCUGACUCCGCCCUGCCCACCGGACUCACCUACAUCGCCCAUCCUCAGAGAGGCAUCACCAUCAGAAAUGUCUCCAAAGCCUUUGAAGGCUGCUAUGUUUGUGCGGGGCAGAUGGAUGACGUGCCAGUGAAGUCAAGCCAGUAUAACCUGGACGUUCGGCUAGUUCCAGGGACAGUCCCAGCACUCAGCCUAUCCAGAUUGGAAAAUGUGAUCCUGAUCCAGGACCAGGAGUUUGAGCUCACCUGCAGUACCAUCAACAUAAACUAUGAUUUCCUUCUGAGCUGGAUCCUCCCUUCUGAAGCGGUAGCACUGGAAACCCAUAACUCCCGCAUCCUCACUGGCUCUCGAGGAUAUCAGCGCUCAGUAACAGUGAGGAUCAAAUCUGUGAAAAUGAGCGAUUCGGGAGAUUAUCGCUGCAAGGCGCAGAAUGAGAGGGGCGUCUCCACAGCAACGGUCAAUUUGGAGGUUUACGAGCACGGAUUCAUUAAUCUCACAGAGGGAGAGGACCGUGUGAUGGAGGUGAGAGAGGGGGAGAGUUUGACUCUGAGAGUGGAGAUGACAUCAUACCCCAAACCCAAUGAUGUCAACUGGACCUACAACAACCAAGAGCUGAAAAACACAUCAGAGCACGUCAUCACGCUACACAACCAGCAGUACAGGUACAUUAGUGAACUGAGACUCGUUCGAGUUCAUGGGUCAGAGGGCGGGAUCUACACUUUCUCGGCCAAUCACAAAUAUGCAGCCGUCAAUCAAUCAUUCACCGUCCAUGUUAUAUGUAAACCUGUAAUUGUUACCCAGGAGGGUCCGGUUGAUGGACAGGUGAGGUGUGUGGCUUCGGGAUUCCCCGUCCCUAAAAUAUCCUGGUAUUACUGUGAGCCUCCACACACACGGUGCUCCCACAUGUUGAAUUCAACGCAGGCAGAUGAGGAGGUUGCUAUAGUCACCGUGUCAGGGUCAGAGUUUGGACGGAGCGAGGUGGAAAGCCGGCUUAAUGUCAGCAAAGGAAAAUAUCACACUCUUGAGUGUGUGGCCACAACGCAGGGCGAACAGGUCUACACCUUGUUUUCCAUCAGUGAAAGAACCGUGCCCCAUAAACUCUUCACACCUCUGUUGUCUGGUGUUGUGUCCACUGCUGUUCUGCUCAGCCUCAUUCUGAUGGUGCUGCUCUACAAAUACAUGCAGAAACCCAAAUAUGAGAUCCAUUGGAAGGUGAUAGACAGUUUUGAUGGAAACAAUUACACCUACAUAGACCCCACGCAGCUGCCUUAUGACCCCAAAUGGGAGUUUCCACGAGAAAGACUGCGCUUUGGUAAAACUCUCGGGUCUGGAGCUUUUGGUAAAGUGGUAGCAGCUACAGCAUAUGGACUCUGCUCGGCAGACACAGUGACCACUGUUGCUGUUAAAAUGCUGAAACCGAGCGCUCACUCCACUGAGAAAGAGGCUCUUAUGUCCGAGCUGAAAGUUCUCAGUUACCUUGGUAGCCACAUCAACAUUGUCAACCUGCUAGGGGCCUGUACGGUAGGAGGCCCCACUUUAGUGAUUACAGAAUACUGUUGCUAUGGCGACCUGUUGAACUUCCUUAGGAGAAAGAGAGAUGCAUAUUUUAGUUCCAAAACAGGAGAUGGAUAUUACAAAAAUCUGCUCAGCCAAACACAGCCUUUACGGGAAGGCACUGAUAAUGGAUAUAUGCCCAUGAGGUCCUAUCAGAAGAGAUCCAAUCAGACAGAAUGGUGUGAUGAUAAAAACGAUCUCUCUUUGGAUACCGAGGAUCUGCUAAGCUUUUCAUAUCAAGUGGCUAAAGGCAUGGACUUCCUCACAUCCAAAAAUUGUAUCCACAGAGAUCUGGCCGCCAGGAACGUGUUGCUAACUCAGGGUCGGCUUGCAAAGAUAUGUGAUUUUGGUCUGGCACGUGACAUUACUAGAGACUCCAGCUAUGUCCUGAGAGGAAAUGCACGUCUACCAGUCAAGUGGAUGUCUCCAGAGAGUCUGUUUGCUUGCGUGUAUACUUUCGAGAGCGACGUCUGGUCCUAUGGCAUCUUACUGUGGGAAAUCUUUUCUCUGGGUAACACACCAUAUCCUGGGAUUCAAGUUGGAUCUACAUUCUAUAAGAUGAUACAAGAUGGAUACAGAAUGAGUGAGCCUGAGUUUGCCCCAAGUGAAAUUUAUGAGGUCAUGAGAUGGUGCUGGAGUGCCGACCCACUGAAGAGACCAACCUUCAAGAAACUGUUGGAACGGACCGAACUGCUGCUGUCAGAAGCCACCAGACACGAUUACCUGAAUCUCAGUACUAGUGGCAGCUGUGAGGCAUUCGUUCCUUCAAACCUGCAGAGGGCGCAACGGCUGAGCUCAAUAGGCAGCUCUACAGCCUCAACUCAACCCCUGCUGCAGGCCACCAAUGAUGUUUUCCUGGAACCACAUAUCAUAUAAAUAACAAUUGACAACCCCUGAUAUUUUUAGAUUUGACUCAAGAUCAGUUUCCAUAUUUGUUACCUGAACAAAGACAGCCUUACCUCUUAUUUAUAGUCUGACUUCUUUAAUUGUGUCUUUUAAAUUCUCUUUUUAGCACAAUGCAACUUUACUGGCCUUGUCUACCAGUACCAGUGUGUUUUAAAAGCUACACAUGAAUUUCUAACCAUUUUACGAGAUGUCGAAUUCGAAUCAAUGCUUACUUAAAUCUAUGGAAGGCCAAAAGGGCCAAAAUGCGUAACUAAGUGUGACACGCAAUUUACAUGUUAACACAUUAGUUUUACACGUUCCAUAUAAAUCGUACAAAAACACAUGACUAUAAGAAAUAUGCCAUACUGAAGCCGCUCCCCCUAAUCUUAACUUCACUGGUUUAAAAACAAAUCCUAUUAAUAUGAAUGAGACUCUUAGAAUUUAUACGAAUGAGCCAUCUUGUAAAAUAGUGAUGGAUUGAUGUGACAUUGUGUUGGCCAUUUUGUGUUAAAGGUACCAGCAAUUUGGGGCGCUCAGCGGCAGCGGUUUUCCCCUUUUGCGGCUGCUGGCUCACUACAUUCAGUACACUGUGUAGAAAGUGUGUUCGUCACAUCGUUGACUACAUUUAACACGAUUUUAAGCAAAGACAGCUGCCUAUAUUAUAUAUACUUUUAACUAAAGGUUAAAAAGACAUUACCAUAAAAAGUUGCAGGUUUGUCAAAACCUUUCAGAGCUCCACCUGCAUCCCCAAAGUUGAGAUCCUUUCCUGUAAAUACAGCUGGGCUCUAUUGCAUUGUAUCAAGUUAAUGUAUAAGGAGGGUAUGGACGUGUCGUCACUUUACCACAUGAGUACGCCCCGUGGGUGGCAAAACACUCAGUAAGAUGACUGCUUACAAUAUCAGGAAAUGCAAUGCAGCGCAACAUUUCAGCGUCCAGGAAAGCCUGAUUCAGUCAUAAGGAUCACCAUUAAGUCCAGAUUCUUGUAAUUUCAGCAACAAUUACGUCUUUUACUCCUGGUUUCUUUGUUUCUCUUAUUCUCCUCAGCCAUUUUGUUGGGUGUUUUGACACCCAGGGAAGACUCUCAAGACAUGUUCAUGUGGAAAAGUGACGUCAAUGCAUACCCUCUAUAGUAUUUUGGGUGAAUAAGCACCAAACACAGCACUAAACUGACAUGCAUCGUGUUAACAUGAGCUAGACAAGCAUUUAAAUAUAUAACCAAUGACCUCACCAGAGACAAAUGACUAACUUUAAUGAGGACAUCAUAAAGACAUGGAGUGUUAUUGAAGUCAUUUUUUGAUUCUCGAGUCGCUUAGAUCUCUGCUUAACAUCAAUAUCUUAAGCACUUAUGUAAUACUAAUGGAUCGAGCGUCUCAUGCCUGCUGAUCUUCUUUACUAACUUCAGCAUGUGAUUAUUACUCCCUCAGUGACUGUUAAAAUACAUUAUUGAUUUGAAUGCGAUAUUGUAUCAUUGUCUGUGAGAUUUUCACCUCAGGGGUACCUACUACUAUUGUUGUUUAAUUUGUUUACAUUAAUUUUUGGUUUGAUAUUGAGUUUUAAAUAGUGCAUAUGUGUUUAUAUAUAUAUAUAUAUAUAUAUAUAUAUAUAUAUAUGAUGCCAUUAAGAGGCUUGUCGCGGUGUAAAACUGAGAUUGUAUUUAAAUGGCACAUUAUUGUUUGUUGAAGUGAAUUUUGCAGGUUUCUAGUCUCUGGCUAAUGUGGCUAGGUGUAGUUUGAGGAUUGACACUACAAAUAUAGCGACUGACAUUCAGGUACAUGCCUUCUUUAACCUGUUUGAUGGCAGGCUUAGUAUUCUAGUAUAAGUUAUUCUAGCUAAACUGAAUAUAUCGGCUGAUAUAUACAGAAAUUAAAAAGGUGUAAACACAUGAAAUGUUUUUAAAUGUUGACUGUGACAAAUGACUUGAAAUGCUUUGAGAUUUAAGAUUUGACUUUGUAAAUAUAUGAAGUGUUAGCUAUUUUUUCAAUUUUUAGUGUGUUGUUUCUGAAGGAAGAGGGCCGGAAGGGAAUGAUGUUAUG